AUGUAUAAUGACUUAGAAAGAUUCAUCGCAUUCACAGAAAGAGAAGGAUUUGAUAAAGAUCAAGAACUUAAAAGCAAAUUAUAUCCGGAUUCUAAAGAAAGACAUCUAUUACUUGAAUUAUGUUGUUAUCAUGGAGCAGUUGACUGUUUCAAGUUCUUAAGAACGAAAUUUCACUCAGAAAUAACUCAAACAUGUCUAAAAUUUUCAUUUUUAAGUGGAAAUCAAGAGAUAAUGAGUGAAUGUUUGAAAUAUCAAAAACCAAAUUAUAGAUGUAUGGGAUAUGCAAUUAUUUCUCAUAACAUUGAUUUUGUUACUUUCUUAAUGAAUGAAUACAAUAUGGACAUAGGUUUAAUAAAUUGCGGAGUUCAUAAAAAUCUUGAAUCAUUUUUAGUUUAUUUCGAUCAAACUAAUAAUAUUAACAAAUGCUUUGUUUAUUCACCGUUAUUCAAUAUCCCAUCUCUUUGGGAAUAUUUCAUUUCGCAUGGUGCAAAUAUCAAUGGAAAAGAUGAAUAUGGAAAAACUGCUCUUCAUUUGGCCACAGAAAAUAAUAUUAAAGAAAUAGUCAAGAUUCUUGUUUUGAAUGACGCAAAUCUUGAAGAAAAAGAUCUUUUUGGAAAAACCGCUCUUCAUAAUGCAGCACAUUAUAAUGGCAAAGAAACAGCUGAGCUUCUUAUUUCUCAUGGCGCAAAUAUCGAUGAAAAAGAUCAAUUUGGAAGAACUGCUCUUCAUCAUGCAUCAUGUAAAAAUAAUAACGAGAUUGUCGAAUUUCUUAUUUCACAUGGUGCAAAUAUCAAUGAAAAAGAUAACGAUGGAAGAACCGCUCUUCAAUAUGCAGCACGUUAUAAUUAUAAAGAAACAGCAGAACUUCUUAUUUCACAUGGCGCGAAUAUCAAUGAAAAAGAUCAAUAUGGGCAAACCGCUAUUCAAUAUGCAGCACGUUAUAAUUAUAAAGAAACAGCAGAACUUCUUAUUUCACUUGGUGCAAAUAUCAAUGAAAAAGAUAAAUAUGAAAAAACAUCUCUUCAUAUUGCAGCAAGUUAUAAUAGUAAAGAAACAGCAGAACUUCUUAUUUUACUUGGUGCUAAAAUCAAUAAUAAAGAUCAAUAUGGGCAAACCGCUAUUCAAUAUGCAGCACGUUAUAAUUAUAAAGAAACAGCAGAACUUCUUAUUUCACUUGGUGCAAAUAUCAAUGAAAAAGAUAAAUAUGAAAAAACAUCUCUUCAUAUUGCAGCAAGUUAUAAUAGUAAAGAAACAGCAGAACUUCUUAUUUCACAUGGUGCGAAUAUCAAUGAAAAAAUAAAUAUGGAAAAACCGCUCUUCAAUAUGCAGUAUUGA